AUGAUGCAUCCAACGACAACAAUAAGCACCCUGCUCUCUGCACGGUCUGUAUCGCGAUGGUUCGUCCUGGCACUGUUAUCUCUCAACAUGGAACCGUCUCAUCAGCAACAACAGUCCGUAGUAUCCUGCGACGACGACGACGAGAGUCUGCUGCAGCUGUGGUUUGACGUUUCAACGGCUACUCGCUUCCCGACAACCGGCAGUGUCGUUUGGAGGCUGCAAUAUGCCAGUACUCGACAGUCGAUACGGUCCGAGUCCUACAACUCGUGGGAGGAACUACCAGAGGAAGUCAUUCUGUGUAUCCCCAAACAACAACAAGAUGACUGUCUCUUGUUGGUGGUAGAAGACUUGCAGUUGGAUCAGUUCCGAAUAGAAUGGGAUGGAUCACCCAUGACUGCUGGCACGGCUUACCCUAUAUCACAAGAGGGACUCUCCUCGUACAAGUCCACUACAGAAAUUGGAGAGUCAUGUAUACCGACGUGUUCCAACGACGAGGCUCUCUUGAAUUUGACAGUCUUUACGGGAGGGUCGGUGGGUCUCGAUUGGGAAAUUGUCCAAGAAGGCGAACGCGGCAUUGUCAGGGAAGUAUCCUCUUGCCAAAAGCACACUACCAGUAGUACAUCCAUUACAGAUGAUUGUGGCUGGAGUCCCUGGGAAACGUAUCAUGUUCAUGAGUGCAUUCCCAAAACAGCAAACGAUGCAUGUUAUCGGUUCUUGCUGAGGGAUGCUUCUUCCAAACUGCUAUCCCAUCCAAGUCAUCGACAGUAUCCAUGGGUGUCCUUGUCCCUGGAGGAUACUACGCCGUUGGAGUUCCAAGCCAUGGCUCCAUUCGAAUCGGUCUUGUUAAGCAGCGAUGAUUCCUCCUGCAAACCUCUCUGUCAAAACGAUGACGAGGCCCUCUUGGAGUUGUUUAUUUCUCGCACUGGUUUGCAGGAACAACAACAAGGAUCCAUCGAUUGGUCGUUGGUGGAUCUGGCACAGCAAGACGAGACAGUACUGAUGAUGCAGUCGGUCGCUUGGGAUCAUUAUGAUGAAAGACAGACUUGGAGACGGGAACAAACAUGCGUGAAACGAGAUGCUUGCUUGCAAUUUUUUCUUUCCAUGGAACCAGACCAUCCACAAUCUGCGACGGGUCAAUACAUGCUCCUUUUGGACAACUUUAUCUAUGCCGACUCGACGUACCAAUUCUCGGUGAAUCAAGGAGAAGGUGUACCGGAUAGCAUUAUUACGGAUGGGGUGACUAUUGGAACAGAGUGCCGCUCGAGCAUUUGCAACACGAAUUCACUCAUGUCUCUGGAACUGGUGGCCAACAACAGCGGCUUUUACAAUGCGGAAUGGACCCUCCAACCGCACGAAUCCUAUCUGCAAGACAAGACAACCAUGGAGGGUUAUUUUGGCUACAAUCGUUCCGGUUUUCGACAAAAUGUGUGUAUCCCCAAAUACUGCUUUGACUUGGAUGUGUCCGUCAGCGACCAGAAAACGGAGGCUCUGGAGAGCUACUCUGUCACAAUCGAUGGUACGGUCUAUGAGGACGCCCUACUGCAUCGAUUUGGUGACGAUGAACCUGCCUUUUAUCAAUUACAUUCCAUGGAAUGUCCAAAAUACAAAGACGGGUUGUCCCCGGGAUCCGUUGCUGGCGUUAUCGUCUGUAGUAUAGCCGCAGCGGCCGUGUGCAUUGUGCUUCUUCAACGAAUACUUUCCUUGAGAAAAGAGAUUGAAGACCAACAAUUUCAAGCACGGAUGGACGAUGACAAGACUACCGCAUCGGAAUCAAACCAUGACGACGAACCAAUAGAUGGUCCAUAG